AUGUUGAUUCAUGUUGGACCUUUGGGCUUCAGCAUAUCAUGCCUCCUGCACUCUGGAGUUGCUGGGUAUGCUUUGGAUGUGACGCAUUUUACCUUCCUUACUGACCGUCGGCACACGAGAGUGUGGCGACAUUCCAUGCUAGCAAGGCAGCUGAGUUUGACACUUGGCACGCUCUUUGUACUCCGGGAUGCAGUAUUUGUCCAGGCGGAGCAAACGUGUUCAAAUGAAAAUGAUUUGCCGGCGAACACAUUGGGUAAACUGAUGCAAGUGGAGAGUCUGCGGACCAAGCACCCAGGAACAGGGCAAGUUGUUGCACUUGCUCCUCAGGAGGAACUUCAUGGCGAUGAAACUGUGAAUCAGAAGCUCACCAAGGAUGUGCAGCCUUCACAGGGACCCUUCACAUACAUUUUGGAUAUCCUCGGCACGCAAUCCAUAGGUCAACUCGCCUUUCCACUGGAUGUAAGUGAACUGCCCCAGCUGCCAAUGGCAGAGAUGGGUGGACCCACUGAAGGACUUGGUGGAACUGUGGUUUUCUUCGCGUUGCUUUUCCUUCUUUUGGUUUGUCUAUUGGCCGUUCUCACUUGCUUUGGCGAGAACAUGGAUUCAGAGAUUUCAGAGGUUCAGGCUCACAAAACAUUAGAGACAAAGAGGCUUCGCCAAGCUGCGCCGCAGCCGCAAGGAAACAACUCAUUGUGUUCCACAACAACCACUGCGCUCUCUCAGCAGGUUCCACCUGCUUCAGUCAUUCACACUUGGUCUCAGCCAAGCAGCACUCUUCCAUCAUGGCAGGACUCUGCAGGUGGCCUGCCAGCACAGGCCACUUUGCUGCGACAGCCCAUUCCAGAAGAGGUACAGCACCCGCUAUCGCAGUCACCAGCACAGCCUUUGAGGGUUGCUUCCUCAAGCACUGUCAAGGCAGCCAAUGCGCAGCGACCUUGGGAGUCCGCUUAUUUGCCCCAGGUACCUCCAGCUGCGCCCAAAUCACAGGCCCAUCCAACCUCUCAGGAUGGUGCAGAGGAGAACGCUGCGCAUUUGCCGCCAAUGCUUACAGCCUUCCCUCCGUUUUGGGGAGGAGGCCCAUCGCCAUGUGCCGAUGAGACGCCUGAUGAGAUCUCCGUUCCGGAAGGGCAAGAGCCACCAAGCGGCUUGCCACUAUUUCCAGAUCAAGAGGCAGAUACUUCUUUGCCGCCUUUCGCGUUUCCAAAUUUGGGGGCAUCAGAGGUGCCGGAAAGCGGGCCACUUGCAAGCGAUUACCUAGCUUUUCAGCCCACUUUCGAUCCGCCCUUCGACCCCACCUCGGAGACCUUAUGCCAUUGGAUGAUGGUAGAUCCCAGCAGCGAGUGUGCCAUGGCAGUGCCGAUUGCCGACCAGGACUUACCAGCUGUUUCAAUGAGCAUUUUGGCGCUUGAUCAGCGCCCAGUACUAAAGGCGGAGGUCUACAGGGGGCAAGAGUGUGAAGCCCUGCCGGGCUUCAGCCCAAUGAUUGGCGACUUUUGGCCUCCUGAAAAUGUUUGUCUCAGUAGCAUGGAAAGGGGCACCCAAAGACCAAGCGUAGUCUUGACCUCGUUGCCAAUGGAAAUACAGAGGUCAGAUGAAGGUGACAAAGAAAAUGUUGCGGAGAAUGCAGAGGCUGCAGAGGAAGAUAUUCAAAUCCUGUCUGCCUGUUACUUGGUACGUGCCGAUGAGCAAAGUUUGGAGUUUGAUAUCUACAAUGGCAAUGGUGAGUUCUUUGGUCGCAUGGGCCGAGAUCACAGCAGGUCGUGCCGUUUCAUGAUGAGAGGUGGCAAUUUUGGAGAGGUCAGAUACUUCGUUGAUGGUGUCUUCGAAGAUCAUGCAGUGCUUUUCACUGAUAUGUGCCAGGAUACCUUGGCUGAUGGCGAGCCCUUUGAAGUAUCAGACCUGCCUUUUCCUGAACAACUGGCCCAAAACUUGCUGCAAGACGCUUGUUGUUUUGCUCAACUCGAUCCGCCAAGCAUGCCUGAAGGCGACAAAGUGUUGCUCAAAUCUUCCCAGGGCGAGAUCUUUGAGGUUGAGCCAGAGGUGGCCUGCAUGUCAACGCUUGUGAGAAAUAUGGUGGACGAUAGUGGAACUGAUGAAGAGAUCCCGCUGCCAAAUGUCAAGACGGCGAUCCUGAGCAAGGUAAUUGACUACUGCAAGUACCACAAGGACAGUCCACCAGAGGAAAUUCAGAAGCCUUUGAAGAGCACCAACUUGGUUGAGUGCGGUGUGUCGGAAUGGGACAAUGAAUACGUUAACAUCGAGCAAGAGGUGCUCUUUGAACUCAUUCUUGCAGCAAACUACUUGGACAUCAAGAGCCUUCUGGACUUGACUUGUGCUAAGGUAGCCUCUAUGAUCAAGGGCAAGAAUACUGAGGAAAUUCGAAAGCAGUUCAACAUUGUGAACGAUUUCACUCCCGAGGAGGAGGCGCAGGUCAGGGAGGAAAAUCGCUGGUGUGAAGAUGCUUGAGGGCUGCGCCGGUCAGGGAGCAGAAAGGACAGGUACGGUAUACAGGCUACGGCGUGGAAACAAGAUGAAAUAAAUACUCAAUACUCAUGCCAUCUCAUGCCAGGUACUGGUCCAUUUCGGUGCAGGAAGGCCAUAGCAAGGCAAAAGGGUCACCUGGGUCAUUGCACAUCUCACAAAUGGAUUGCAGGAGGCAAAAGCCCAGAAGCAAUUUCAAAUUCGCUGGUGUGAAGAUGCGUGUUUGCAGCAGGAUGCCGAACGGCUGCACGUUUUGAUCUGUGGACCACUGACUACUGAUACCAUUGUACCAAUGGAGGAUGAAAAA